AGGUUCCCUUUCACUCGGAGCCCAGAGGGCGCCGUGCUGAGUGAGAGGGGCAGUCGAGAGGCGCUUCCCCGAACUGCGUGCGGGUUGGUGGCUCUCAUCCACCGCUCAUCACCACCCCCGCCCCACACGCCCCAUUCCUAGCCAAGCCGUGUCCCCAACACCAUCUCUCGCUCGCGCAUGUCCCAGGCCUCUCCCUUCACGCUGGACCGCGCCAAACAGAAGUUCGUGCAGCAGAAGCUGAAGUCUCGGCGAGACAUUCGCGAGGCGAAGGCGAAAAUGUUCAGCAAGCUCACCACCAUCUUGCAACAUGCCGUGGAAGUCCUCGCCCCCAACAUGCCCCGUCAAGAGGACUUCGUGUACCACUGGAAAGCGAUUACGCACUAUUACAUCGAAACCUCGGAUGACAAGGCCCCCGUAACGGACACAAACAUCCCGGCGCACCUGGAGCAAAUGGUGUCCAUCCUGGCGGAGGAGGAGACGGAGCGGGAGACGGGCGAGACGGGACCCUGCAUGGAGUACCUGCUGCAGCACAAGAUCCUGGAGACGCUCUUCACCUUGAGCCGCGCCGACUGCCCACCUGGGAUGAAGCAGCAGGUGCUGAUCUUCUUCUCAAAGCUGUUGGGAAGGAUCCAGCAACCCAUCCUGCCACACAUAAAUGUCCACCGCCCAGUGUUGAAACUGAUACGGCUGUGUGGGGAAGUGUUGGCUGCCCCAACGGAGAAUGAAGAGAUUCAGUUCCUGUGCAUAGUCUGCGCCAAGCUUAAGCAGGACCCCUACCUUGUUAACUUCUUUAUGGAGGCAGAUACGCUUGUGUUCCGAAUCCCAUACGUGAAUAAAUCUUCAAACGUGACGAGCUCCCUUUCAAAUUCAACAAAUUCAGGCCCUCUUACGGACAACAAAACAACACUACCAGAUGGCAUUCGUUCGGAAGGCAGCACAACGCAAUGCGGAAACUCAAAACCUGGCCAAAAUGAAAGGACUUUUGAGGAGAUAAAUUCUUCACCUGGCUGUGCUAAUGCUCAGAAGAAUGCCGUGGCAGUGGGUGCAACUGCAUCUUCAGGAGCAUUGUCGCCCGCACCAUCAGGACAAGAGUACAACCUGGUGCAUUCACUGCUCAAUCUCAUCAAUAGUCCCGACGGGCGCAUCGCGGUUAAGGCUUGCGAGGGCCUCAUGCUUCUCGUGAGCUUGCCCGAGGCGUCCGCAGCACGCUGCCUCACCGACAACACGGCGCUGUGUCGCCUGCUUGCCGGACGCCUGGUGUCGCUGCACGCCGCCCUGCCGACCUCUCUCGAUCCCCUCGACCUCGAAUCGCUGCAGACCGUCAAUUGGGGGCUGGACACGUACAGCCAUAAGGAAGACAUGACGGCCUUCCAUGGAAAGCGAGCACUUAUCUCCUUCCUUUCCUGGCUGGAUUACUGUGAUCAGCUUAUAAAGGAGGCUCAUCAGAUAAUUGCUACAGCCAUCGCAACGACCAUCCGAGAGCAGUAUUUUACUGAGGUUUUGGAGCCAAAGUUGAUGCAGACGUCCGAGGUGGGGAUCCUGACGAGCACGACGCUGCUGACUCGCCUGGCGCGACAGGUGAGCUCGCCGGCGCUGCUGGAGCAGCUGGUGCUCUUCUUGCUGGGCGACACCUCCGGGUCGGAGGUGCCCGGCGCUGCCAGCCGCCACUCGCUGAGGGACCGCCUCAUCGAACGCUGCGACCACAUCUCUGACGAGAUUAGCAUCGGGACACUGAAGCUGUUUGAGACGCUGCUGCAGAAACCGCAGAUGCACGUGCUGCAGAACCUGGCUCUCCGCAACUUGGAGGAGCGCAACUACACGGAGUACAAGCCGCCGAGCCAGGAGGACCACGAGAUAGCCGAGAACGGGCAGAUCGCCGGCGCCGUGGACCUUGAGGAGGACCCGAUGUUUGCCGACAUGCUCUCCGGUGGCCAGGGCUUCUCGGGCUCCGACUGGCUCUCCCACUCCCCGGUCCACUCGCCCGACCAUGGCAAGGAUGGAAAGACCGAAGUGCACAAGGUGGUCAACAGUUUUCUGUGCCUUGUCCCUGAUGAGGCCAAGUCCUCGUACCAGCUCGAGGGUUCUGGCUACGACACCUACCUCCGGGACGCCCACAGGCAGUUCCGCGAAUGCUGCGUGGCGUGCCAGCACUGGGACUGGCCCGUUAAACCCAAGGCUAUCGAGCGGUGCAACCUAGACGCUCCGUUUUUCGAAGGCCAGUUCUUCAAGGUGCUCUUCGACCGCAUGGCUCGCAUUCUGGACCAGCCAUACGACGUGAACUUGCAAGUGACGUCGGUGCUGUCAAAGCUGGCUCUCUACCCACACCCCCACCUGCACGAGUACCUGCUGGAUCCCUACAUCAACCUGGCUCCCGGCUGCCGCUCCCUCUUCUCCGUCAUCGUUCGGGUUGUUGGGGAUCUGAUGCUAAGAAUUCAGCGCAUCCCAGACUUCAGCUCGAAGAUGAUGCUGGUGCGGAGGAGGCUGCUUGGUACCGAACCCGAGGGAUCUCCGAUCGACCAUCUCACGCUGCUGGAGGGUGUGAUUGUUCUGGAGGAGUUCUGCAAGGAGCUGGCCGCCAUCGCCUUCGUCAAACAUCAUGCUGCGAGCGUCAUGUGACAGCCCGUUGGUAGCAACGCGAGAGAGGAACGUUUUAAAAUAUGAAGUCGACGGUGUGCACGUUGACACCUCCUUUGUAGGACUCAAGUUUGGUAAAGAACCGUUAGGAGUUACUGAUCCCCAAACACUUUCCAUCCUCUGUAAAGAACAUUCAACCAAGCUUGGAGGAAGAGGACCUACCGUUGUGGAUUACAUAAUCACUGCUGUCUUUUGGCGGAUGGGAAAGAACGUCACUUUACCAUUUUAUCAUUUAUGCCUCAGAAUGUAGUGUUCAGCUUCGUCAUGGUUUUACAAGUGUAUAUUGUUUUUACCUGUUAUACAAAUGAGUUCUUGCCCCCGCCCCCCCCCCCCCCCAAAGUUAGAAAGUUGUGCUUUCAUUCGUCUGCAAUUUUACAACAGGACUAAGCAGGCAUUUGAAAUAUAGUGCAUUCUAUUGAGGCAUGUCUUUUUUUUAAUGGCCGAUGAAGCUUUUAAAACACUGUACAUAAUGCAUACUAUCAUCGCCCGCUCUGUAUGGAACUUGCGUUUUGGGGUCACGUUCCAUUUACAAAAAUGCACUUUGACGCCAAAGUACAUGGCUCCAAACAUCCUACAUGGAGAGGAAUGUUUGCACAGGAAAAUCUGUCCACCUUGUGUUGUGCAUGGUUUUGAGCUUGCUGGGGAACUGCUUCGCAAAUUCACCGAAUGCCACAGGAUGCAAAUUUCCACUCGACUCACCUCUCCACCACUGAAGCUGCAGAGCUGCUCUGCGUUUAACCUUCUGCUGCUUCAACCUGAAGAGACUACCUGAGGAUGGUUUUCCUUCACAUAUUUUUACAAAUGUUAUUUUGUGCGUGUGGGCUUGCCUUUGCACAUUGGAUGACUUUCGGACUUGAUCCACUAACAAGGCCUUAAGAGGAAGAUACGCCUGCCACAGCGGAAGAUUUGUUUUAUUACAAUAGCAUGAUGCUUUUAAGUUUGAAGCCUUGGGAUUAAGAACUUGUUCAAAACAGCAUACUAAUGUGGAUUAUUUAAAACACGCUUUUGAUAUAUGGUGUAAUGGCAUUAUUUCUGUUCUGUGGGGACUUAGCCUAGCCAAUGUAAAGCAAUUAUUUUUAUUGGAGCAAUUCGUGUUUAGUUGCUUUAAAUGUAGUGUAUUUGUGCUUAAAAUCCCAUUUGACUGACGUAGAUAAUUUUAAGCAAGUACAUAGUGUAACUUCACACAGGUCGCUUAUUGUUUCCCCCUCGUCUUGCAGGUUACUGCGGAAAUUGUACACUUUACAGUAUUCUAAAUGUUACUAAUGCUGCGUUAAUGUUCAUAGGGCACAGACACAAAUGCAAUAAAAGCUCCCAGAGGUCUUGAAA